CGAAUUCCACAAUUCCCCACUCGAUUGCUCCACCGCGAGGGGCAAGCCGAGCUCACGCGAUGGAGGCGGAGCCGCCGCAGCGGUGGGCGGCGACGUACACGAAGCACGUGAAGCAGAAGCGCAAGGCCUACCACGACGGCGCCCUCCUCCUCUACCCCGCCUCGGGCCGCCUCGUCCUCCUCGACGACGCCGGCGACACCCUCGAGUCCAGGUUCCUCCGCUCCAGCGAGGAGUUCUCCCCGGGGGCCGCGCUCUCCUUCCAGGCGCACCUCGUCAACGUCGGCGAGCCCGAGGACGGCCCCGCCAGGUACACAUCCUCUUCCGCCUCCGCCUCUGCUGGUUCCAGGACCUCGCGCCGCGCCGGUGGCGCCAGGGCGCGUCCCCCGAGCUCCGAGAGGGUGUUCCCGAUGCUCGUGUCCCGCGCGUUCGUGAACCCGUCGAAGAGCCGCGGGUGCGGGGGCGGGGGCGGGGGCGACGGUGAAGCCGCGGGCUCUGGAGGGGCGGAGUGGACCGCGCUGUACACCGCCCAGCUGACUCAGAAGGCAAAGAAGUACCGCGAUGGCUUUGUGAGGCUUGUGCAGGCCGGCCCACAUGUGCAGCAGAUUGUUUUGCUCGAUGAGUAUGGCCAGGUGCUAGGCUGCAGGCACCUCAUGUCUGGGGAAUCCAUUGAAAGUGGGAAGAAAUGCCAUUUUCCUAAUUAUCUGAUUGAGAUUUGUGAGGCCAAAAAUCAGAAACAUGGUGGCGAACAUACUUCAGAGGAAUCUAUGGUGCACUCAAGACAAAAGAACGGAGGAAAUACAUGUAACAAGAUGAGACUGGGUGCAUCCAGUACAUCUCAAAAAUUUGUCAGUCCACAAAAGUUUCAUGGUCUUGAUGACACUAAAUCAAAAGUCACUGGUAAACCAGAGAGCGACAAGGUUGAAGCAAUGGCUGCUGACCGCCCAGGGAGCCUUACGGAAGCAGACUCAGGUUUCAAAGAAUGGAAUGCCUUAUACACCACUCAACUUACUCAGAAAGCAAAGAAGUACCAUGAUGGCAUCUUGAGGCUCAUGCAAAUUGGUUCACAUGCAAGGCAGAUUGUUCUGUUGGAUGAAUAUGGUGAAGUGCUUGGCAACAGAUGUCUCAAAUCUGUUGAAUCUAUAGAAAGUGGGACGAAAUGCCACCUGCCUAACUAUCUUGUUGAAGUUUGUGAGCUCAGAAAUCAGACAAACGAGACUAAGCACUCUUUGAAGGAUGCUUUGAAUCAGACAGGACUGAGGAAUCAACAGAAUACAAGUGACAAAACGAGUGAAAAAUGUAGAUCUCCAAAGUUUGUUAGUCCAUUUAAGUCCCAAGAUGCCCAGAAGAGUAACUGGGAAAGCACUGCAAGCUCUAAUAGGCCACAGGUUGGCAAAACAACCUGCAGUAACUUGGAUACACCACAAAAUUUCCAUGUACAUUCAGAUCUUCAAAGGAGAAAAUCAGGCUGCAAUGUCAAUAGAGGGUCUGACUACAGUGAAUCGACAUUUGAUUUUGCAGAUAUCCAUAGGUGUUCAGCUACCAACUUUUUGCCUGACUUAGGGAAAUCAACUUCUAGCAGAAAUGGUGAUCCACUACAAUUUCAUGAUGUUCAGGAUGGUAAAUCAGGAUGCCCCAAUAGUGUUAUCAGGAGAGAGGUUGACAAAUCAACUUUUGGCAACAUGGAUGAUUCUUUGCGAACUGCAUCCCAAAUACUGUCCAUCAUGAAGCCCCCAUCAGAAACAAGAAUUUCCCAAAGCUCUCAAUCUGGACAAGCACAUUAUUCUUUAGCAUCUUCUGAGGCAAGGAUAACUUUGGAUGCAAGUUGUAGAAGGAACUCAAUGGUUGAUGAGUCAAACAAAAAUUUUUAUGGUAGUGGGACCUCUGGAAUGUCUCACUUUGCUACCCAGCUUCGUACAUCGGUACAAUCGUGCUUGACCUUAGAAACUCUGCCGCGAAUGAACUCAGUAAGGGGUCAUCAGUGGGGCAAAUCAUCAGGGAACAGCCAUCCAAAUUAUGAUCAUCAGACCUUGAGACCAUCAGCUUUUGAGGGUCAGGAUUUGGCCAUGUUUGAUAUCCCAGCAUCUGAUAUGUCCAAUUCAAAGGAACAAAAACUAGACUCAAGCAGUCAGCACACUGGAAGUUCUGGUGGUACAGAAAGCUGUUUUAGUAAGUUUCUGUACUACUUUGUAACCAGCCUGUACAAUUGCAGUUUGCAAAGUUGUCAUGCCACCGAAGAAAUGAUAAAUGUUGCUUAUGUUGAUCAUAUUUGA